CCGGAAACAGCAUGAAAAUGAGGAAAAAUUAUGAACUUUUGAAAAUAAGAUAAAUAUCGAGUUGUUAGCUUUAUUUUCACAUAUCUGACUCUCAAAAAUCUUAUAAUAUAGGGAAGGGAUUUGAAUGCUUCAAAAAUAGCUGAAAUGUCGACAAGAAAGAAAAUGAGAGUUGAAAAUAAAAAAAGAAAACUUGCAGCUUUUCUUGAAAUUGCUCAAGAAAAUGACAAAACGAGACAGGAGAAAGUGAAGGGAAUAGAAAACAUACGAAAUGAGGAGAUAUCCAGUGAUUCGUCAGCUGAUGAUGAGCAAGCUGACAACAUAGCUUCUAUUGAUAGCACAACUGAAGUCAAAAAGCCAAAGCUUGAAACUGUCACUGAGGAAGAAUUACAAAAACAGCCAAUGAAUGAUGAUGAGUUCAAAGCGUUAAGAGCAAAACUGAAGGAGCGUCCUAGGAAGGAUGAACAGCCAAUAGAUGAUAGCUCAAUUGAAAUUAAGAAGGCAAGGAUUGAACCUGAUUCUGUCACUAAAGAACGACUAAAGGAUCAGAAGAAUGAUGACGAGUUGAAGGCCUUGAGGAUUAAGCUGAAGGCACGUCAGAAGGCUUCAAUGCAAAGGCCAAAGAUCUACCUCACACCAGCUGAAAUGAGGCCAAUAUUUGGGGGAAUACCUGCUGAGGUUGAUAUUCCGCUGUAUGUAGGUGACAUACAGCAUCUUGUUACAGAAACAGUCAUUGCAGAAUACUCAAGCUACAAGCCAAGAUGGUGCAAACUAUUACGACCAAAUAAAGUGAAGCAUACAGCAGUCAUAUGUGUUUCUGGAUUGAGUAUGGAUGACUACAAAAAACACGAAGAAUGUUUCAAGAAGACCAAUAGCCUGUUUUCAAUGAAAAGUGAAGUUUUGAACCCUUCCUUAUAUGGAAAUACAGUCACUGAGGAGAUGUUCAUGUUUCCAAAGUCAAAUAGACUACUAGCUAAACAAAACUUAAAGAAAUUCAAGUAUACUGGAAAUGAUGUCAAGUCAGCCGACACUCCUGGUGCUAUGAAACAAUGUCUAGCUGAAGGAGAUGCCUUCCCCAGGACAUCACUGUUGCUCAGUCAUGUUGAGAUGGCAGAAGAGAACAUUCCCUUGCCUACAGAUGCAAAUAAAGUGAGGAUGUACAAGUAUACCAAUGAGAAAUAUGAGCCUUGUGUUGAUACAAGUCCAUUGUUUGGUAUUGAUUGUGAGAUGUGUCGCACAAAAGCUGGACAAGAAGUUACUAGAGUUUCUGUGGUUAAUGAAAAAUUGGAAACUGUGUAUGAUACGUUAGUUAAACCAUUCAAUAGAAUCAUAGAUUAUGUAACAAGGUAUUCAGGCAUAACAAAGAAAAUGCUGGAUCCAGUAACGAUCCGGUUGUCUGAUGUGCAGAGAAAGAUCCAGGAGAUUCUCCCUGCUGAUGCCAUCCUUUGUGGCCAGUCCAUCAGUUCUGAUCUACAUGCAAUUAAAAUGUUCCAUCCGUAUAUCAUAGAUACAAGUGUUAUCUACAAUUUAUCAGGAUUUCGUAGAAGAAAGACGGGUUUGAAGCGUCUAGCAGGUCAUUUUUUAGGACGUGAUAUCCAAGGUAAUUCAGAUGGUCACAACUCAAUUGAAGAUUCAUCAGCCACAUUACAGCUUGUUCUACUGAAAUUAAAGCAUGACCCAACAUUUGGAGAUGUAAUACAAGGUGGAAAUAUAGCUCCAUUGAAAACAAUCUCAGAAGAAGAGCCCUCCUACAAAACACUAAAACCUGAUGACGAUAACAAUGAGGGCAAUGCAUCUGAGGAAUGUGAUACUUCUGAUCCUAAUGACUCUGACACAAAUCUCUCAGAAGCGCAAACAAAGGAGUUGAUGGAGAAACAAGUCAAUUUUUUCAAAACCUUCAAGAGUCGACCUCGGUGUAAUUUGUUUGACAUCAUAGGAAAGCAAAACAAAACUGCUUUAUUGAUUGAUGAGCCAAACAGCACAGUGGCUUUCAUGCAAGAUAAUUGCACGAUCGUAGAGUGUCAAACUGACAAGACACGGGUACAGAGUUUCCUAGAGAAACAUCCAAACUUCAAUCUUAGCUGGCUGAAUCUUCAUAAUUGUGAGAGAGAAACUAAAACAGAAGAUGAACGACAGUCGCUGUUUAAAAAAGUUGAUAAAAGAAUAAACCAGGUACAUAAAGUGAUCCCUGAAUGUACAGCAUUAAUCGUAGUAUUUGCUGGAAGAGCUGUGGACGAUACACUCCUCAAUGGAGGUGUUCUGGUCAAGGUCACCUGAUAAUCAUUGUGACACUGUUAAGUCAUUGUGACACUGUUGAGU